AUGGGUUCAUUACCGCGAGUUUCAGUGGUAUCAGGCGGCCGGGUUCCAGUGCCGGCGGCGCCGCUCACCAAACAUCUAGAGCGUAUGGGCACCGCUGAUAGAACCGCUCUUAUUUAUUCAGAUGAAACCAAUAAUGCACGGGUAAGCUAUGCCGAGUUGGACGGCCGCACCAAUGCUAUGGCUCGGGCGAUAACUGCGCACGCGCGCCCUACCGGACCUAAUCGUGAUCAAGAUUUUGUGAUCGCUGUGUGCAUGAAGCCAACACAUAAUACAAUAAUCACGCUCCUGUCAGCAUGGAAAGCUGGUGCAGCGUAUGUACCGAUGGAACCAAGUUUUCCACAAGCAAGAAUAACUCACAUACUAACAGACGCUCAGCCUUCGCUUGUUAUUUAUGAUGACACAGCAAACCCUUCAAUGUUCAACGGGAGCGGAGUACCGACCAUAGCAUUUGAGGAGCUAUCUCUGGAAGCCAGCGCUCUUCCAGCGGAUAGGCCUAACGAAGACGAAGUGUUGGUACAAACAGAUGCGGAUACCAUCGCUAUUGUACUAUAUACUUCUGGCAGUACUGGCAUACCGAAAGGAGUGCGACUUCCAUACUCAGCGAUAUGCAAUCGCCUUUGGUGGCAGUUCAGAACUUUCCCGUACUCUGAUACUGAGAACGUGUGCGUUUGGAAAACUGCUCUGACGUUCGUAGACUCUGUAUGCGAAAUAUGGGGGCCAUUAUUGCAUGGGAGGACUUUACUUAUUCUGCCAAGAGAAACUACGAGGGACCCGCAAAAGUUGGUUCGCGUUCUGGCUGAAUAUCAGAUUAAGCGCCUCGUGCUAGUGCCAACUCUCCUUCGUUCUAUCCUUAUGUAUCUGUCACUUAAUCAGUCUGAAAGACCUUUACAACAUCUCAAAUUGUGGGUCUGUUCCGGAGAAACGCUAAGUAAAGAAUUGGCAUCACAAUUUUUCCAAUACUUCGGUGAUCAAAAUGGCUGCAAAUUAGCCAAUUUUUAUGGAAGUACUGAAGUUAUGGGUGAUGUUACCUACUUUGUGAUGGAAAAAGCUAGUCAGUUAGAGAUGUUCCCGACUAUACCAAUUGGUGCGCCAUUAGAUAAUUGCGCUGUCUAUCUGUUGGAUGAAGAAAUGAACCCAGCGAGAGAAUCAGAGCCGGGCGAAGUUUGGGUUUCAGGAAGGAAUCUAGCGAAGGGAUAUGUCGGAGGACAAGGAUCGGACAAAUUCUGUGACAAUCCUCACGCUGCCCAUCCUGAUUUCAGUCGUCUGUACCGCACAGGCGACUACGGCAUCUUACACAAGGGUCUAGUACUGUUCGCGGGCAGGACCGACGCUCAGGUCAAGAUUCGAGGGCAUAGAGUUGAUUUGAUGGAAGUGGAGCGAGCUGUACAGAACAUCAAUGGAGUGGAAAAGGCUGUAGUCCUGUGUUACGGACUAACUACGGGCAACCCAGAGAUUUUAGCCUUCGUAACCAUUGAAGAAAACGCGCGGUUAUCCGGACAUCAUAUUGAGAGCGCCUUGAAGAACUCUCUGACACAAUAUAUGAUACCUCAGGUAAUCGUAAUAGAUAAGAUUCCACUCCUCGUCAACGGCAAAGUGGACAGACAGGGGCUGUUGAAAAUGUAUGAGAACACAAAUAAUAACGAUGACGCGGAAAUUCCCUUAGAAAUGGACUACACAGGCGUUAGUCCUCAGGAUUUAGACACAGCUAGAGUGUUGUUCGAGACCGUAGGCGAAGUCCUAGGGCGCUCCGUGCGUGGAGUUCUAUCUAUUAGGGCCGGAUUUUAUGAAUUGGGUGGAAAUUCGCUGAAUUCCAUUUACACUAUCACUAGAUUGAGGGAUAAGGGACACUAUAUUGAGAUCAGCGACUUCUUAGGCGCAAAGGAUUUAGGAGAAGUUCUGUCACACCUCACAACACACCCAGAGAAUAUUUGUAACGGUGAAGAAAAUAAGUUCACUGUGCAGGCGAUGAGGAAUGACCACAAGGAACGAGUUAUUGAAAUGAUAGUGUCGUCGUUCUACGAGAAGGCGGAGCUGGAGCAGUUCGUGCGGCACGAGAUCGCGCCGCGCGACUACGCGCAGUGCGUGGGCGCGUUCUGGCGCGCGCUGCUCGCCGCCGGCCUCAGCGUCGUGCUCGAGACUUCGUCCGGUACUCCGGUAGCCGUCGCAUUAAACUUCGACGCGCGCGACGAGCCCGACAUCGAGCUCGGCGGCGGACUCGCCAAGAUCAUGACCUUCCUGGAGUACGUCGAGGGCUCUGUGCGGGACACCAUGCUGCCCGAGGGGAAGGGUGCAAUCCUACACUCAUUCAUGAUGGCGACAGACGCCAACCUCUCGGCUCGGGACAACGUCUCCGCGAUACAAGCGUUAGAGCUCGCCACUGAGAGGAUCGCGCGCGAGAAGGGCUUCCGCGGCGUCUUCACCACCAACACUAGUCCUUUGACACAGCAAUUGGGAACAGACGUGCUCGGAUUCCAGACAUUAUUGGACUAUCAAAUAAACCAGUAUGUGGACUCUAACGGAGAGAGGACCUUCGGGCGCGCGCCCGACGACAUGCGCGCGAUCGUUUGUUGGAAACCAGUCGAC